GUUCCUCAGUUGUUCACGUGUCAUUUGGAAGCAUCGUUUAAUGAGCGUCUGGACAUCUUUACUACACACACUGUUGAUGUGAUGGACAGUGAAUCUGAAUUCUGCCCAGCAACUUUUAAUGUGUUAGUGUGCUAUUUUCUAUAAUAAUCUGAACUUGUGUAAAUUAUCUUUGAGUAGCCAUAUGUCUUCACGUAGUAGACAAUGGCAAAAUAAAUCAGAAUGUUUUUUUGGUGAAGUGUCCCUUUGAAUAAUUUUUAAUCAUGUUAAUGAGGAGUAGGCCUAUGUAAUAAUUUAUAUUUAUAUUCACAAACAGUAGCCUAUUGAAGAAUUUAAUUUUCAAACCCUUUACCCUAUUUAUAUUAGAAUGAAACAGACAAAUAAUUGUUAACGCUUUAAGUUGUGUUCUAUUGAAAGGAUCUAGCUACAUGCUAACGAGAGCUCGACUCGGCGGAAGCAUAAAUACUUCAGCGCGGAAGGAUACAUGAGUGAAUCGACAGUGAUCCAACUGUCAGUCUCCGCCAGUGGCGAUCAAAGUCGGGAGGAUGGCGCUUGGACAUUUAGCAACGGAGGAUUUAAUCACGGGCUUACUUCGUUUUGGAAUAAAGGUCACUGAAGAGGAGCGAAGUAAAUUCAAAGAUAAUGAAGUUGACGGAGAAGCAGUGGACUAUGGAUUGACUGAGAGGAUGGUUUCAUACCUCUUUGAAGGAUCGUUUAAGAAGCAAGCCAAAUUCAACCGAUUUGUACAGCAGUGGAAAGAAACCGUGACACUAACAGUUGAGCCUGUCCCGGUACAUUCAGAGAAGGCUACAGUGGAAUCAAGAAUGAAUAUCUGCCGAAGAUUUGAAGAUGGCUUUAAGAUCCUAGUACCCACAGUGCUUAGACUGACUCAAAGGAAAUCUCCCCUUGCAGAUCUGGCUUUGGAGGAAAGAGAGGCUGCCCUCACCGAAGAUGUCCCUGGGAUUGAUUUCAGAGCUGCAAUCCUGCUGUUGCCGAUCCUGUUGAGGGAGAAAAAUGAUAUUCUCAUCAUACUUGGAGAGGUGUGUAAUUUGCCAGCAGUAAUGAGGAACCCGGUCCUCCAGGCGCCGACGGAAGCGGAGGCCAAGAAGGCCAUCAAAGAGUUUCUCCGGCUGGCACCUAAUCGCCACCGCCGGCCAAGAUAA